CGUGCGCUGUGGCUGGAAUCUCAUCUCACCAGUCUGCCCCUUCACAACGACGUCCCCGCUCGCCCCCUUCCCACGGAUUUUUUUUUUUUUUUAAAGUCUUAUUACCACCUUAUAAUAUCACCGAGAGGCCACCGACACAAACCGUCAAAAAAAAAAAAAAAGCAGGAUGCAACAGGUCAGACUCAGUCCCCUGAGAUGCUACUGAGCGAUGAGGAUGGGUCAGAGAAGGAAGUUACGCUGGUGAGGAGAAACAACCACCGCAAAUACACCAACUGACACAGCCAUGCCCCGCCUGCCCUCCUGAUUCUCCUUCCUGACCUUUGCACCUUCCCUCGGUUCAAUCAGAGUCACAGCAGCCCCAGCAACUCCCCGUCGAGUCAGCAUGGCUACACCCUUCCUGUGGAAGCUGUCAUCCCAAAAGCUGGGCUUCUUUCUGGUCAGCUUCGGGUUCAUCUGGGGCAUGAUGCUGCUGCAUUUCACCAUCCAGCAGCGAGCCAGCCACGAGAACAGCGCUGUGCUGCGGCAGCAGAUCCUGGACCUCAGCAAGCGCUACAUCAAAGCGCUGGCCGAGGAGAACCAGAGUGUCAUGGAUGGGCCCUAUGUCGGUACCAUGACUGCUUAUGACUUGAAGAAGACCCUUGCAGUGCUGCUGGAUAACAUCAUGCUGAGGCUGGGCAAGCUGGAGUCGAAGGUGGAGAACAUCUACAACGGUACGGGGGGAAACCUGACCAACGGCACCAGCACGGCAACACCCAGCGCCACAAACGCAGAGAAAGUGAACGUGGCAGACCUCCUAAAUGGAGCCCAGGAGAAGUGCGAGCUGCCGCCUUUGGAUGGUUUCCCUCACUGCGAGGGCAAGCUCAAGUGGAUGAAGGAGAUGUGGCGCUCAGACUCCUGCUACGGCAACUACGGUGUGGAUGGAUCCACCUGCUCCUUCUUCAUCUACCUGAGUGAGGUGGAGAACUGGUGUCCUCGUCUGCCCUGGAGGACAAAGACCCUGAAUGAGGAAAUCGACAGGAGGGGACAGGUGGAGGUCCGCACCGGUUUUGAGGAGCUUUACCGGGUGAUGUCACAACGGGAGGAGUUCCGCUGGAUGAUGCUGAGGAUCAAACGCAUGGCUGAGCCGUGGGUCAGCGCCAUCCGCUCGCUGGCGGCCAAGCAGAACCUGGCCAAGCGUCGGAGGAAGAAGAUCCUGGUUCACUUGGGUCUGCUGACCAAGGAGUCGGGCUUCAAGAUAGCAGAGAACGCCUUCAGCGGUGGCCCGUUGGGCGAGCUGGUCCAGUGGAGUGAUCUCAUCACCACGCUGUACCUGCUGGGCCACGACGUUCGCAUCUCGGCCUCCCUGGCUGAGCUCAAAGAGAUCAUGCGCAAGGUUAUGGGGAACAAGUCCAGUUGCCCGACUCAGGGUGAUAAGGUGGUUGAGCUCAUCUACAUUGACAUCGUGGGUCUCACCCAGUUCAAGAAGACACUGGGACCUUCCUGGGUCCACUACCAGUGCAUGCUGCGGGUGCUGGAUUCAUUCGGGACGGAGCCGGAGUUCAAUCACGCCCACUACGCCCAGUCCAAGGGCCACAAGACGCCCUGGGGGAAGUGGAACCUCAACCCACAGCAGUUCAACACCAUGUUCCCUCACACCCCAGAUAACAGUUUCCUGGGCUUCGUCGUGGAGCAGCACCUCAACGCCAGCGACAUCAAGCACAUAGACGACAUCAAGAGACAGAACCAGUCGCUAGUCUACGGCAAGGUCGACAACUUCUGGAAGGACAAGAAGAAAUACCUCGACAUCAUCCACAGCUACAUGGAGGUUCACGGCACCGUGCACGGCACCAGCACCGUGCACCUCCCGAGCUACGUUAAGAACCACGGCAUACUGAGUGGCCGAGACCUGCAGUUCCUCCUCCGAGAGACCAAGCUGUUUGUGGGUCUGUCCUUCCCCUACGAGGGUCCCGCCCCCCUGGAGGCCAUCGCCAACGGCUGCGCCUUCCUCAACCCUAAGUUCAACCCUCCAAAGAGCAGCAAGAACACCGACUUCUUCAAGGGCAAACCAACUCUGAGAGAGCUCACCUCUCAACAUCCGUAUGCUGAGGUGUACAUCGGUCAGCCCCACGUGUGGACGGUGGAUAUCGAUAACUCUGCCGAGGUGGAGAGGGCCAUCCGCUCAAUCCUCAGCCAGAAGAUCGAGCCCUACCUGCCCUAUGAGUUCACCUGUGAGGGGAUGCUGCAGAGAGUCAACGCCUUCAUUGAGAACCAGGACUUCUGCCACGGUCAGGUGAUGUGGCCUCCUCUCAGCGCUCUGCAGGUGAAGCUGGCCGAGCCCGGGCGCUCCUGCAAGCAGGUGUGUCAGGAGGAGCAGCUCAUCUGUGAACCCUCCUUCUUCCAACACCUCAACAAGGACAGGGACCUGGCCAGGUUUGGCGUGGACUGUCAGACGGUGGAGUCGAGCGCCGACACGGUGGUCCCGGCCUACAGUGACACUCGCCACCACUGCAUCUUCCAGUCCGACCUGCUGCUGUUCAGCUGCGCCGGCGCCCACCAGUCGCUGCGACGCAUCUGCCCCUGCCGUGACUACAUGAAGGGCCAGGUGGCGCUGUGCAAAGACUGCCUAUAGCACCCACACGCCGGCUGACGGGAGCGGGUGGGGCGUGGACACAGAUCUGGGCGACGUUUUUGGGGGCGUGUCUGGAUCGGGGUUAAACGAAGUCGGAGCAGCUUAAAAAGUGUCUGUGUGUGUGUGUUUGUGUGUGUGUGUGUGUGUGUGUGUGUGUGUGUGUGUGUGUGAGAGACAUAGACACACACUCCAGGGCGUCACGUUCAUGCAGCUGGCAAACACACACACAUACUCACCGGACUCCUUUGUGGGCAGACAAACAUCUUCAUAUUUAUUGUUUUCCUUCGACUGCUGGAAGUGAAGCAGCCGUCACCCCUCAGACUCACCACGGGGGGCGCCACAGGUCCUGGAAGAUGUGUUACAAUUACUUGAAUCAACAACAAAAAAAAGGGAGUGAAAGCAGCAGAUGAGCUCUUUGGCAAGACUGCACAUAUCACUGACUGGCUGCCUGUUUGUCUCCAGGUUCACCAGAGCAGCAAGGGACCAAGGAGACUCAAACGCCCCCUUCCUCUUGAUUGACAGCCGCCCCGUCCCUGCCCCCGCCCCACACCCUCCACCCACCUCCCCUACUCGAAUCUGAAACCGUUCAUUCUUUAGGUAGGUUUACACUGGACUGACAUGCCUGAGGGCCCACAUCCCCACCACACACACACACACACACACACACACACACACACACACACACACACACACACACACACACACACACACACACACACACACAGAGGGGAGGGGGGCCUAACAGAUGGUGGCUAAAGAAGAAACCAGUUUUACACUGUAACCAACUCGUUCCUCUCCUCUGGACAGACGUCAUGAGAGCGGACAUGUAACAUAGAUAUCUAGAUUUUUAUUCUGGAAGUUUUAUCAUUUCCUGACACGUACUCCAGACGUAAAAGCAAGACUUCAUUCCUCCUUAACGCAGCACAGUCCAGUCGUGGAUGAGUCACCGGUUCCUUGAUUUUCAUACGUUUCAGUUGCACACUUGUUCUUUAAACGGGACGUUUUAUUUAAAAAGUUGUAAAGGAUUGAGUGUGUGUUUCUUUAAAAUAAUAAAAAUAAAAAAGGCCAGUAGGGAAAUCAGAUAGCCGGUACGACGAGGGUCAUUCUCUGUAGCUAAAGCUGUCAUGUGCGGAGUCGCCAUGUCGUAGGAUGUCGUGACGUUGUGUCGUAGAUGAUAAGCUGUCGUCGUCAGUAGCAGUGGAAACACCCGGCGCGGGCGAGGAAGCCUUAACAAGAAGUCGUUUUCCCAAAGACUCCACAGCCUGCAGCGAGACAGGAAAACCUUCCAUCACGUAGACAAACGUUAGAAAACACAGAGCCGCACUCAUCUCACAUCUGCCAGACAACAGCUGUAAAUCCUCUCAAGCGAAACUGUAAGCAACAACAAAAAAAAAGAAAAUGCCAACAACGCGUUCCCUGCAAAACGCACAACCUCGCAUCUCCUCGUUUUCCUUUGGAUAAUCGUUAGGAUUUUAAUUUGCCUGCAGAUUUGCGAAGAAAAAUAAAAAAAACAUUAAGAGAAAAGUUUAAAAUUUAUAGUUCUUUGUGGUGAAUGGAAAAAAAUGCACUACGUUUAUCUAUUUGCAGAGGUUUAACAAGAUAUUAGUAACACUGUAUAUUGUUCAUAUGGGUUUCUUUUUUAUUUAUUUUGUAUACAGAUCUUUAUCUCUGUUUUGCUGGAAAUCUGUUUUUUUAUUUAUAGGAGGGUGUCUCUUUUUUUUUUUUUUCCUUUUUAUAGAUUUUUAUUUAUGGAGAGUAAUUUAAAAAAAACAAAAACAAACAAAAAAAAAGCGUGCUUAUCUAAAAGUGUAUGACUGAGCGAGGAGGGCUUUGUCUGCUUCUGUUCAUCUUCCAGAAGUGAUGUGAAGAAACGUCACAUGUAGAAACAUUAGAGGGGAAAUAAGAGUUUAAAAUAAUUGUUGUUUUUAAAUUAAUAAGUGAUUUAAAAACAUUUAUCAUUUGGUUUCCAACAUAGAUUUUAUAAAUCGUUGCUGCGUAUUUUAACUGCAGAAGAAGAAUCUUAAUAGUCAAAUACAAAUCCAUGUUUUUAAUUUUGUCUUCCUCCUCUCGUCACUGUCUCCUGAAGCUGGACAGAAGUGGACAAAUGUGCCUCGUUUUAUUGUGAAAGUCUCAUACACUUUGUGCUUUGAUUUCCAAUCUCAGUUUUUCAGUUUGCGCACGAGUAAAUUCAGACUGAACAGCACCGUCCAAGCUCCCACCUCUUACUUCCUCACUGUGUCAGCUCAGACUGUUUCCUCUUGGUUUUUUUUUUUUGUGUUUUAAAAAACUUUUUCUUAAAAAUAAAAACAGGUCAGUGAUCUGCCGCCAAGUUAGUGUUUCAAAGAACAUGAUGUGCCUUUUCAUGGUUCAGUUUCGGUCUGCUGUGGUGUGUCGGGUCGCUUCAACCUGAGAACACACUCACGAUACAGCCAACCUCAUCACUACAGAGCUGAUGGAUCCUUUCCUAAAAAAAUCACUUUUAUUGUUCAGAUGAAUUCAAAUUGUUUUAACUUUAUUUUUUCUUACUGUAAUUUAAUGCACAUUUUAUAUACUUGUUAAAUGAGCAAAUAGAAUCUGUCCAAACCUAAUUUAUGAAGAACCGAUUGGCCUUUCACUGUUAACCAUCUAACUAUUAGUGAAUUAUAAGAAAAGGAUAAUAUCAGUUUUAAUGUUUUCCAUGCAUUUUUAAAAUCCCUAUCAGUGGAUUUAUAUGUUUUAUAGGAACUUAAUUCCCCAUUUCCAGCAAUAACAGGAUUUCCGAAACAUCCAUGUAAACACAAACAUUGGCGUCCUGUGUUUUAAACUGUACAAACUCAUGUUUUGGUGUAAUCAGAUUAAUGCAACACAUUAAAUAAGUUUUCUGAUUGUUUUGCCUUGAACUGAUUACACACGGCAGCGUGUUCUCUCGCUUUCGGUUUCAGAUUCGCGCAAAGUGCUGAAACAGGAAGACAGAAGCGACGCUGGUGUUGUCUUUUCAUUUAAAGAAAGGAUUCGGUGUCAGAGUCACAGUCAACUGCGAUUUUUCACUUCAAAUAUUUAUGUUUUAGUAAAAAGUGAGACACAGCUUCAUUUAAAAAGACCAGUGACGUAUCAGAUCAGUUAAACCUGUUGUGUUGCAGCUAAAAGCCUUAUUUCCUCUCUGUCAGUCAGGCUUAUACAAAGCAUCUACUCGUCUUUGUUGACCUCAGCAUCGAAUGUCUCCAUUGUAAAAGAAAAGAAAAAAAAAACAACCUGUUCCUUACAGUCAAACAUGCAACAGUUUUUGUUUUCUCAAGCUGUCAGUGUCUGAAACAGCAGAGUGGUUUUGUUGACGAUUGUGGUCCAAGCAGUGAGAAGUGAAUAACAUUGACAUUAUUAUUAUUGUUUUUGUUUUAUCAUUUUGUUUUCACAGUCCUUGAUGAGUAAGAGGGAUAUAACUUUAUUUUUAAAUAAACCUUUUUUCUGUGACAAAAAGA